AUGCGAUAUUACAUGCUGCUGGAUUAUGUGACCGUGACGAACAGUAUCUACACUCAUUCUGCCAGCUGGAAGAUUAGAGCAUGUCCCUUUGGGACUGAGUAUUUGAAUCUCAUGUUGUCCAAGAGAGAUCAGGAUAUCCCAUCUUGUGCCCCUCUGCCCACAGAUGCAGAGGACAAGCAGCAGGGUAAAGCCUCAACAAAAUCCAUAGACAGUCACAAGCGAGCUGUUUGGAUCUUUUCUGAUAAACGGGCAUAUGCAUCAGAAACAGACAUUCAAUUUGUAGCAGUAACAGAAGAGCCUGAUCCUCUAUACUUUCAUUGGAAAUUUGGGGAUGGACCAGAAAUAAAAACAACAUCCAGAAUCUACAAAAAGAGAUAUCGCUUACCAGACAAAUACAGUGUCACUGUCAGUGUGUCUAAUGGUCUCACAUCCAUCAGCUCAGAUGUUUAUCCGCUCGUGAUUCAGAGAGCUGUGCAGCCCAACAGGCUUCUGUAUAGUCCCUCAGUUUUAUCUCACAGCUUUGUGAACUUCACCUGCCUGAUGAGCGCAGGAACUGAUGUCUCGUAUGUCUGGAAUUUUGGAGAUGGAACAGAACGAGAUGGAUCAAGCACUGAGCAUCAUGUCUAUAACAGAACUGGAGAAUACAUAGUAGAAGUUAUUAUGUCCAACCUGGUGAGCUCAGCCUCUUUAACAGGGCACAUCUUUGUCGUUGAAGAAUUAUGUCAGCCUCCUCCUGUGAAAAAUAUGGGCCCAAAUAAAAUACAGGUGUGGCGGUAUCAAACUGUCCAUCUUGCUGUGACGUUUGAGGCACAGAUUCAGUGCAAUGUUUCCAGAGGUCUGCUGUAUAGAUGGACUAUAUAUGACAUGAGCGGACGACAACUGCUCUUCCCACACAUAGACAUGGGACGGCAGUAUAUUGAUCUUCCAAAUUACCUCCUUCAUUAUGGAACAUAUAAAACUAUAGCAAAGGUCCAAGUAACCGGAAGUGUGGUGUACAGCAACUACAGUGUUUUAAUUGAAGUGGUGCGCAGUCAUCCUGUCAGUGUCAUCAGCGAAGCCACAAAUAUUUUCCUCAAUCGUCAGAGCGGCACCAUCGUCACUCUUGAUGGACGAAAAUCACAUGACCCAGAUUACCCUAAUAAUACUAUAAGUUACAGCUGGUCAUGCAAGCCAGUAAACACAGAAGAGAGCAGCUGUUUCAACAGGAACAUUGUGACCACUUCAGCAGUACUUACAUUUCCCGCUCUUUCCUUGAAACCUGAUUUUGACCUGCUUAAAUUUACUCUCUCCGUGUACAGUGGCCAUCGAUCGUCCUCAUCUGAGACGUUCAUCACUGUAACAUCAAAACAUGUCAGCAACAUUCAUUUGUCUUGUAAACAUUUCCGAGAAAAUGCAGUGAAUUGGAAUGAGCCGUUUUCUGUUUCUGCUCUCUGUGAUGCUUGUGGUUUUAAUACAACAAAUCUGACCUAUUACUGGAAACUUUACCUGGUUAAUUCCUCAAGCAAAGCUGUACCAGAAACAUUUCCGACUAUCGCAUCUUCACACCCCCCCUUCCUUCCAUCCUUCCCCGGGGAAACAGAGUCGUCCGGGAGUCAGUGGGAGUAUCAGGGGUCUUUACCAGCCUCAGAUAAGGUGUCACUGACUGAUAUGACCUCAGAUUUUCAUACUGAGGACAUGAUUUACACAGACGUUUAUCAGGAGUCAAUAUCGGGCGAUCAUCUCUCCCUACCAGAGUAUGAUUACUAUAAUGUUGGAAUUGAAGAGGCUGAUCCUGGUGUCCCAGUUGGCAGGCCUACUGGGACCAAUUCAUUGGGCUUUAGUUGGAAUGUAUCAUUCCCUCACUCUUAUGACAAUGAGGGUGAUAAUCUGGUGGACCCCAGCCUUCAUGGCCCGGCGGUGUCUGAGAAGACCCUGCUAGAUCUGCACAGACAGCUCAUUCAUCACUCUGUGUUUGAGUCUUACACUCUCACAGGAUUUUCUUCUUCGGUUGUCACAUUUAAACCCUUCAUGCUUAAACCAAAGAGUCUUUAUUUGCUUGAAGUGUCUGCAAUUUCUGAGGAGCGGCUGCAAGGGAAAAGCCAGCUGUUCUUCCACACUCAAGCUGUUCCUGAGGGAAUGAGCUGCCAAGUGCAGCCCAACACAGGCUAUGAAAUUCACACUUACUUCAGCAUCUUCUGCUCCUCUGGAAAAGAGGAUCUCUUGUAUGAAUACAGUUUUAGUGUGGGCACCAGUCCUAGGAAACUCCUUUACGAAGGCAGGGAUUUCCAACAUUACUUUAGUCUUCCUAGUGGAGAUCCUAAUGACGAUUAUAAAGUCACAAUCUAUAUCGAAAUAAAGAACAGAUUUGGAGCAACGACCAAACCAUGUCCUGUGAAAGUGACUGUUCUUCCAAGCUUUCAGAGGAACUCAUCCUCUCAGCUCAACCCUGAUCACGAACUGUACAUGUAUGGAGUGGGUAACCUAACCGGUCUGAGUAAGAUCGGAAGCAACAGAGACAUCAUCAACUACAUCUCUCUUUUGAUAGCGGUGCUGAACCGCUUGAGUCUGGACGCAGAUUCCUCUGUGACAUUUUACAGUGCCAAACAAGUAAUUCAGCAUGUUCACGACAUCUCAUCCCUCUCACAUGAGUCCAAGCCUCCAGCAGGCCAUAUUCUGGACACUGGGAUGGUGAAAGCGCUGGUAUCUCUCCUGUCUGGUGUAUUGGAGGCUCCAGUGCUCGCUUCCAGACCAGGACACCAACUCACAAACAAAGUGCUUUACACCAUCACUGAUUUAGUUCUGGAGCAUUUGCUGUCCAGCAAUGUCUGGCAGUACAAUGUGAACACCAUGUUCAUGGAAGUGUUAGCCUGGAAGGAUGAGCGGUCUCAUUCUGUGGUGAAAACAUUUGGGCUCACUGCGUUCUACCUCACUGACUUUCUGGAGAUGCAAUUUCAGCAAUGGAGCAGAAACAGCCAGCACAAGCCCUGCGUCAUUACCUGGCUCACAGUGUACAGGCAGAGCCCAUACCGCUGGUCCAGACACGUGCAGCUCAGUGGAGAGACAGCAGACAUUCGGCUCUACAACUGCACCACUAGGAAGGAAAUCAAAGUCCGACAUCUAUCCACACCAGUUACUAUUGAAUUUCAGAGGAAAGAGGAGACAAAUCAGAGUCCACACGCACGGUUCACUCUUCUGCACGGUCAGGUGAACACUCAUCAGUUCAACAUCACGUCACAGACCCUUCAGAGAGCUCUUCAGAUCACUGUGCAGUUUAACAGGCCAGCUGAACGCCCCUUUCCCAUCCUGCUGCUGCUUCGGAUGUAUGAGCAGCCAACACCUAAUCUAUACAACAAACAGAACAUAUAUCACUGGAAAGGACAGACGAUUUUAUAUUUUGCUGCUGGUUCUGUGUACCUGAGGCUUCUCAAUGCAGACUAUAAUAAAAGCCCUAGCAACAAGUACAUGGCCAGAGCUGUGAACUACACACUUCGCAUUGAGUCUGUGGAGUGUUUGUCCUGGGAUGGUGUGAAAGAGUGGAAGCCCAGUGGCUGUUUUCCUCUUGGCGGGCUUUCCGCAGACAAGAUCUACUGCAGUUGCAAGCACCUGGCAUCAUUUGCAGUAUCACAUGAGAACAUCAUAAGCAGCUACAACUCUGCAGAUGUUUCACAAUUUAUCCACUCCGAAACCAACUACAUACUGAUCAUUUCUUCCGUAAUAUUCCUGGCUCUGUAUGUGGUGGUGUUGGUCAUCUGUAGGAAGGCUGAUGUUUCCAUACAGAAAACUACAGGCUCAUUUCUGCUACCAGAAAACAACCCCUCAGACCGGUUUCUCUAUGCUGUCACCAUAGACACAGGAUUGAGAUCUAGAACCAGAAUGACAGCAAAGGUCCAUAUUGUUCUGUAUGGAGAUAAAGGUGUCUCUCAAACCAGGGAACUCAGCAGCUCUGACUCCAAACUCUUUACAUGCAACUCAAGGAAUACCUUUAUUCUCAGUUCCCCAGAGAGUCUGGGUCGAGUAUGGAAGGUGCAUCUGUGGCAUGAUAAUGGAGGUUCAUCUCCCAGCUGGUAUCUGAGCCAUGUGGUGGUCAAAGACCUGGUGCAGGGGUCCUGCUGGUUCUUCCUGGGCCAGUGCUGGCUGGCAGUGGAUGAGGGAGAUGGAAGGGUGGAGAGGAGUUUAGUUGCUUCUGAUUGCAGCCUGACAUUUAAACAGUUCCUGUAUUUGAAACUCACAGAAUACCUGGAGGACCAUCACCCGUGGCUGUCUGUGUACAGUCGUCCGUCUUUCAGCUCUCACACACACACUCAGCGUUGGAGUGUGUGCCUGCUGCUCCUGCAGGGCUACAUGUGUGUCAGCGCAGUGCUUGUAAAUCUUUUGGAAGAACAGUGUUUUGUAGAGAUGGGGCUUAUUGGCGUUUCACCGGUUUCCAUGGUAACAGGCCUGUGCAGUGCUCUGGCUGUGCUGCCGGUGGGGGGUCUGGUGUCCCUGGUGUUUCGUGUCAGUAAGACCACAUCCAGUAGUGUGUCCGGAGAGCAGUAUAAGGUCAAGGUGCCUGAUGUCUACUCUGUAGAAGAUCACCAUGAUGCACUUCUGAUAAAUGAUUGUGCAUCGUAUUUGUCCUGGAAUACAGUUUCCCAAUGGACUCAAGGAUCAUGGAAAACAGAUUACAAGGAUUGGAAAACCUCAGAUUCAGUGUCUGUGUCAAAACUGCAAGAGGACCCUGAUGCCAUCUUAGAGAUUGUGGAAGACUCCAUGUCUGGUGUCAACAGCAGAUCACAUGACAAAUGCAAAUGGAAUAAGUCUGAUCUGAAACCACACACCGCUGCAGGCAUCCUAGAGAACCGGCAGGUUUGUGGUGGUAGAAUCCAAAGUCUUCGAUCCUGGUGUUAUUAUGUGGGCUGGAGCCUCUGCUUGUCUCUUUCUCUUACGUGCUGCAUCAUCGCAGGAACUCUUGGAGUAAAGUUCGACAAAACAAAGACUCUUCUUUGGGCUCAUUCUGUGUUCUUUUCUCUUGUCUGCUGUGGCUUUGUACUGCAUCCAGCAAUGAUACUCAUAACUGCUAUCACAGUGUCUCUGCUGCUUCGAAAGAAGCCAGACUGGUUCCACGGUCUAAGUGUAAAAGAGCCUGUCACUGAAUUAUUGAGACACAGGGACCAAAAACUUGAGAAUGUCUUUGUUAGCAAAUACCAGCAGUCCCAUUUUGAAAAGACGCUCGCUGCCCGUCAGAGAGCCAGGUAUUUGCGUCUGGUGCAGCCACCAAAUUCAAGAGAGUUGAAGUGUGUGAGAGGCCAGAUGAAGAAACAGACUCUCCUUCGCAAAACCGCAAGGGAUUUGACGUUUCACCUAAUCAUGCUGUUGACAGUUCUGUUCGUGACCUAUGGAAAGUCUGACAAUGACUACAAGUACCAUUUGAAUCAAGCUAUCAAAUCUCAUUUCACAAAGAGUCUGCAAAAUUCAUUUCACUCCAUCCAAAAACAUGACGAUUGGUGGAACUGGACAACAACCGCUUUCCUUGAGAGAUUAUAUGACAGUGCCAUCUGCUAUGAUAAAAGAGUAGAAAAUGAAACAGGAGAUUUCAGCGGUCCUUUUUCUCUUAUUGGGAGUCCAGUCAUAAGAAAGAUCAAGAGCACAUAUAACUCGUCAUGCCAGAUCUUGAAUUUGUUGGGCAAGCACAAUAUUAAAUGCUCUGAUAACCAGUCUGUGGAAAAGAGACACUCACUUUGUGGGAAACUUGGGUGUUAUGAGGGAGAAAGUGUGAGUGUGAGCCUUGGAAAAACAAGGUCCAAAGCAAUCAAGUCAAUUAAAAAGCUUCUGGAUACUGGCUGGAUGACUCCUUUCACCCAAAUUGUGAUGGUCCAGUUUAUCCUGUACAAUGGGCCCAGUAACCUCUUCACGGCAGUCACUAUUCUAGUAGAGCAAACUUCAACAGGAGCUCUGAUGCCCUCGGCAAGCAUACAGUCCACUAGACUCUACCAUUUCCCAGCUGCCCUUGACUACAGUGUUAUGACCUGUGAGCUUCUUUUCCUUUUAUUCAUCCUGCUUCAUAUGUAUCGGCAAAUAUAUGUUAUGACUCAAAGAGAAUGGCUUUACUGGAGAAACCUUUGGAGCUGGCUUGAGGUGACAGUGUUGAUCUGCAGUCUUUUGCGGUUUAUCUGCUCUGUGUACAUCUUUAUGCUAAAAACAGAGAUGAUUGAUUUCCUGCAGAAGGAGGAUUUUGAAUUACCUGUUGAUCUAAGCCCCAUCUUCUUUUGUGAGCAGCUUUCUCAAUCUCUCCUUGGCGUUGUGGUUAAUUUGCUUCUACUGAAAUGUGUGUCCUUACUACGGCUAAACAAAGCAAUGGCGGCAGCUGUGUCUAACUGGAAGCUGAUCUUCUCCAACCUGCUUUGGUUACUGGCACCUGGUGUUAUUGUCGCAGUGGCCCUCUCCGGUCUCCGCAACUUGAUCUUUCAUUCGUUCCCAUUUACCAGUAUCACUAGAUCUGCUCAUUUGCUCUUCACUCGUUUCUUUUGCAUGAGCCACUUUGGUAACAUUUACCUCCAAGCCCAAGUCCCAUCAACAAUUUAUUUUGGAGCUAUAUUGUGCACUAUGAUUCCAUUUAAUGCUACGGUAAUUGCCACCCUUACCUUUUUUGUGAAACAAAGAAAGAAAACUAAAAAAAGAAAACAUUUACUGACUGUCUUUGAGCUGAUCUCUUAUGUCAAAGACAAGGCUUUACUCAUUAUUGGCAAAGCCAGUCACAAGUCAACUGACCAUCAUGUCCACUCUAAUAGGUUUUACUUAGCAGAGUUUGAGGAUCUCAUGGAUGAACUGUUGUUUCAUCUCUGCACUAUGUCAGACAGUCUCCACAACACCCUGCCAGCAAAAGAAAAUCUAUUUGAAACUCAGAGUAAUUUCUCUGUGCCGCUUUCUGGCCAUGUUUAUAGCUCAGACUCAGAGAGUGUAAUUUUUGAUGGACUGGGGAAGAAACACAUAGGAUGCCUGGAUAUCAGCAGUGCCUCAUAUAGGGAAAACACUCACAGAACGUCUCAGUACUUACAAGGCAGAGGAAGAUCGCAGGAGGAGAGUUUUUCAAGAGGGCCGAGGAAUUUCAGAAACUGCCUCAAAGAUCCAAUCAGAGAGUCAGAAGGGACUGGACAGGCCCAAAUUCUUUCUUCAAUCAAGCAGACCCAUUGUGCACCAGCUGAAUGGAAGGACAAAGUGUACAUUAAAUCAUCAAUGCUGCCUGAUCCAAGCAGGUUGGCAGAUGUGCAUAAUUUUGCCAUCAAGACACAAAUCAUGACUCAAAAGAUGAGAAGGCACACUCUUCUAACCUCAUCAACUUGCGAAGUGAACAUGGGUCAUCAUACAGCACAUGGCAAGCGAACUGGAGAGUCACGUGUGUUUAAUACAUCUUCCAUUGAGGGAAUGGACAAUUCUGUACAAGGGCAAACAAUUAUUCCAGGGUUCAUUGAACAAUGUAUGUAAUACAAGAAAAAAGAGCUGUUCAGUUUUGCUGUUUCAUUCCAAGAAGAGAAUUAGCAUUU